AUCCGUUUUGAUCCGGCCGUCCAGUCAGCUCGAGACAAGACCCCGAGUGUCGCCAUGACGCGGAUACCGGGACCACCCUUGUGGUCCAUCCUGGUCUUGAUCGUCGUCUUUGGGUUGGUGACGGUUCAGGCUAAAUAUUACGAAAAGAAAAGGUUCGACCGGUCAAUUGAUCACCCACAAACUACUCCUGGCACACCUUAUAGGCCUAGCAAACAGCGAACAUUCAAUGAUUACAACACGCAUUACAUUGCCUACAAGGACGCAAAGUUAAAUGUGUGCUAUUUGGAACCUAUGAGAAACAUCUCUUCUAAUGGCCUGAACCUCUGGCAAAAAAUGCUCCACAACGCUGAUCAAAGGACUCUCUAUGUCUCGGAACAAUUGCUGACUAAAAUAGAAGUAUGGCGUCUCGCUGGCGGCCGUAUAGUUGAAUUUUGCCGAGGACGAUCUGCAGUAUUGCUCCAGGAAACAAAACCCGUUCCAGGAUAUAUGGAGGAUCCUUUCCUUAACGAAAUUGCAGAAGACGAGAACGACGUUGUGCCACACCGUGUAGCUGAUGUUGUCUUGAAGCCCCUGUACGCUCGUGCAAAGAGACAAAUUCAGCUUGAGGAACGGCAACAACUUAAUUCAAAACUGACAGUGCGUCAACGCCGUCAGGCACCAUUUCGAGGUCGUUUUCGUGGACAAACUCAAUCGCAGUAUCUAAAUUUUGGCGACGGUCAAUCAAAGGAAGGAAAAGCCGAAGCCAGAAUAACACAUGAUUCAUCUCAUGCGGUUGUUAGUGGGACCAAUGGUAUGGGCCAGGCACAGAGUAUGUCCUCAGGUGGGGGUGACUGUGAAGAAUGUCCGGGAUAUCGUCAGCCAACAUACCCAGGUCAAGGUGGAGGAAUGGGUUCUCAAGGUUCUGUGUGGUCCUAUCCAACCGGAAGACCAUCAAGUGGAACCAAUUACGAACGUAAUUAUAACCCGAAAACUGGUUGGAAUCAUAGUGGACCUGGACCAGCGGGCCAGCAAACGGUAGACCAUGAGUUAGACAAUCUAUUGCUGCCUAAAAUAUACCCGGGUGAAAAAACACGUGGUGUGCCCAGUCAACCAAAUGGUAAAUAUCCUGGCGGAGGCCCCAGUAGUACUAGUAGUGUAUAUCCUGACAUCAACACCGGGAGUGGCAUAGGAAGAGGACCGUAUCCCGGUGGCGAAUCGACCGGCACUGGGGGUGGCGUAGGAGGAGCACCGUAUCCUGGUGGUGGACCCGGAGGCACUGGGGGUGGUGUAGGCGGAGUACGGUACCCCGGUGGUGGUGGACCCAGCGGCACUGGGGGUGGUGUCGGAGGAGCACCGUAUCCUGGUGGUGGACCCGGUGGCACUGGGGGUGGUGUAGGCGGAGUACGGUACCCCGGUGGUGGUGGACCCAGCGGCACUGGGGGUGGUAUCGGAGGAGCACCGUAUCCUGGUGGUGGACCCGGUGGCACCGGGGGUGGUGUAGGCGGAGUACGGUACCCCGGUGGUGGUGGACCCAGCGGCACUGGGGGUGGUGUCGGAGGAGCACCGUAUCCUGGUGGUGGACCCGGUGGCACUGGGGGUGGUGUAGGCGGAGUACGGUACCCCGGUGGUGGUGGACCCAGCGGCACUGGGGGUGGUAUCGGAGGAGCACCGUAUCCUGGUGGUGGACCCGGUGGCACCGGGGGUGGUGUAGGCGGAGUACGGUACCCCGGUGGUGGUGGACCCAGCGGCACUGGGGGUGGUAUCGGAGGAGCACCGUAUCCUGGUGGUGGACCCGGUGGCACCGGGGGUGGUGUAGGCGGAGUACCGUAUCCUGGUGGUGGACCCGGUGGCACGGGGGGUGGUGUAGGCGGAGUACCGUACCCCGGUGGUGGUGGACCCAGCGGCACUGGGGGUGGUGUCGGAGGAGCACCGUAUCCUGGUGGUGGACCCGGUGGCACCGGGGGUGGUGUAGGCGGAGUACCGUAUCCUGGUGGUGGACCCGGUGGCACGGGGGGUGGUGUAGGCGGAGUACCGUACCCCGGUGGUGGUGGACCCAGCGGCACUGGGGGUGGUGUCGGAGGAGCACCGUAUCCUGGUGGUGGACCUGGAGGCACUGGGGGUGGUGUAGGCGGAGUACGGUAUCCCGGUGGUGGUGGACCCAGCGGCACUGGGGGUGGUGUCGGAGGAGCACCGUAUCAUGGUGGUGGACCCGGAGGCACUGGAGGUGGUGUAGGCGGAGUACGGUAUCCCGGUGGUGGUGGACCCAGUGGCACUGGGGGUGGUGUCGGAGGAGCACCGUAUCCUGGUGGUGGACCCGGUGGCACCGGGGGUGGUGUAGGCGGAGUACCGUACCCCGGUGGUGGUGGACCCAGCGGUACUGGGGGUGGUGUCGGAGGAGCACCGUAUCCUGGUGGUGGACCCGGUGGCACCGGGGGUGGUGUAGGCGGAGUACCGUACCCCGGUGGUGGUGGACCCAGCGGUACUGGGGGUGGUGUCGGAGGAGCACCGUAUCCUGGUGGUGGACCCGGAGGCACUGGAGGUGGUGUAGGCGGAGUACGGUACCCCGGUGGUGGUGGACCCAGCGGCACUGGGGGUGGUGUCGGAGGAGCACCGUAUCCUGGUGGUGGACCUGGAGGCACUGGGGGUGGUGUAGGCGGAGUACGGUACCCGGGUGGUGGUGGACCCAGCGGCACUAGGGGUGGUGUCGGAGGAGCACCGUAUCCUGGUGGUGGACCUGGAGGCACUGGAGGUGGUGUAGGCGGAGUACGGUACCCGGGUGGUGGUGGACCCAGCGGCACUGGGGGUGGUGUCGGAGGAGCACCGUAUCCUGGUGGUGGACUCGGAGGCACUGGAGGUGGUGUAGGCGGAGUACGGUACCCCGGUGGUGGUGGACCCAGUGGCACUGGGGGUGGUGUAGGCGGAGUACGGUACCCCGGUGGUGGUGGACCCAGUGGCACUGGGGGUGGUGUCGGAGGAGCACCGUAUCCUGGUGGUGGACCCGGUGGCACCGGGGGUGGUGUAGGCGGAGUACCGUACCCCGGUGGUGGUGGACCCAGCGGCACUGGGGGUGGUGUCGGAGGAGCACCGUAUCCUGGUGGUGGACCUGGAGGCACUGGGGGUGGUGUAGGCGGAGUACGGUACCCGGGUGGUGGUGGACCCAGCGGCACUAGGGGUGGUGUCGGAGGAGCACCGUAUCCUGGUGGUGGACCUGGAGGCACUGGAGGUGGUGUAGGCGGAGUACGGUACCCGGGUGGUGGUGGACCCAGCGGCACUGGGGGUGGUGUCGGAGGAGCACCGUAUCCUGGUGGUGGCCUCGGAGGCACUGGAGGUGGUGUAGGCGGAGUACGGUACCCCGGUGGUGGUGGACCCAGUGGCACUGAGGGUGGUGUCGGAGAAGCACCGUAUCCUGGUGGUGGACCCGGUGGCACCGGGGGUGGUGUAGGCGGAGUACCGUAUCCUGGUGGUGGACCCGGUGGCACGGGGGGUGAUGUAGGUGAAGUACGGUACCCCGGUGGUGGACCCAGUGGCGUAGGAGGAAGAUAUCCCGGAAAUUUUCCCAAUGGUGUAGGAGGUGAAUAUUAUGAUAGUAAUCUAGGUGGUACUGGAGGACCAAACAGACCUAGGUGGUACCCGGACCAACAAAAUGUUAAUGAUUGGUCCGGUCAGAAUGGAGGUGAAGCUGGGUUACCACAAAAAGAAAACAUUAUGUCUCCGCAGUAUUAUCCAUCACCUGGAUCACAAGGUUCCGAUGAUGAUGCAGAUUCGCAAGCUUCGAGUUCAGUACAGAAAGCGGAUUCUGGGACGAUGGCUAGUGCAUCAGCUCAAGGAAAGUAUGGGCAGGGAACGGCACAAUCUCAAGUUUCAGGAACUUACAGUGGUUCCGGAUCAUUUUCUGCUCAGGCAGGUACCAAUGACGGUUCGAAAGGUGCUCAGACUCAAGUUAGUGGUGGUAAGCAGGGCGCAACAAGCAGUGCACAGGGCUCUGGAGGCCGUGGUAAGAGCCAGGCUCAAGUACAGCUGCAUUCGAAUACAGGAGCUACAUCAUCAGAUGCACAAAGUAGCGGCUGGAAUCAUGGCACAAACUCGCAAGUACAAACGACUUCCAGAGGCGGCAUGGCUGAUGCACAAGCCAACGGUGAAGGCAGCACCUCGAGCCAGGCCCAAAUAGGCUUUCAGCCUUAUGAAAAAGAAAAUGAUCAAUCGCAGACGAAUUCUUCAAUAUUCCUGGGCGGUGGUACUGCUUCUGCACAAAGUGGGACAUACAGAGGUCAAUCACAGGCGCAAUUACAAGGCUCGUUCAAAUAUGGUUUAUCAUACAACGGAGCUGCUCAGGCAGGCUCUGGUUCAGGGGCUGCUGCUUCUAGGAAACCUUUCAACUUUUCGAGUUCCAAUUCAGAGCUGUUCAAACCGUUUAGUCCUUUUCCAACCGUCGUAAUUUCAUCCGAAGAAGUGACACCUGACAGCAAUUUACAAUCAGCCGAAAUAUUGCCAGCACUUGAAGAAGGUGGUGGUGAGCAUUACGAACCACAAGCACAGACCGGCGGAACACAAUCCCCACUUGUUCAGAAAACAGAUACAGUGUUUACUCCUCCGGAUCCAACGAGGGCAACUGGAGUAAGGUAUAACAAUCCCGUACCAACUCGCAGCUCAUUGCAAAACACAGGAGUGGAUGACAAUUAUGAACAAACAAAUGUAAAUUCAGAUGAUUAUGAUGAAGAGUAUGGAGAUGAGUAUUACGACUCUACGCCAACCGUAUUCCCAUCUGAAAGUGUGUCUAAAGAUGGUGGUUUAACCGUGAGCAGCAAACAGCCAAAUCAAUAUCAACAGACUCACGUUUCGAACGGACAAUACGGUGCACGUGUCACACAAGACUCUUCAACAGGAUUUCAUGAGGGCGAUAUUCUACAACCGGGACAAUCUUUACCAGGAUUUACAAUCCCACCUGGAUACCGUGGCAGGGUAGUGUCUAUUUCCGGAAGCGAUACAAAAGCUGAAGGUGAUGGAGAUUCGCAGUCUCAAACGCUUACGCUAACUUCAGGAAAAAACAACGUAACUUAUGAAAAUCGUACCAAGGAAUCAGCGGCGGCCCAUUCAAGAGCCUUGCAGACUCCACGUAAUCGCUUCAGAUACGACAGCAGAAGAUACCAACAACCCGCAGUACCAAACAGUUACUUGCGAUCUAGUCCCAGUCCACCAAGUAAGCCUAAUUAUUACACGAUCACCAACAGCGUUGCAGGUAAGAUACAAAGCAAUAGAGACGCAGCUCGCAAGUACGAACACCGUUACUACACAAAAAGCUCCACCUGUGGAUAUUUCACUUUCUCCUGCAAUAUCGUUUACGGCUCUAAUGGGCGAACUAAGGUCUGUAAACCAAAAGUACCGACUAACCCGGAUGGCAGUCCAAUAAAAUGCUGAAAAUCUGUCUCAAGUUCUACGUGACUUAUUACACACAUAUUAAACUUUCAGAGUACUUUUACCUAACGUCGACAUAUUCACAUUUGUAUUCAUUGCACUGCCUUCUUCAAGUAACGCAAGUAUUCACAUGGAAAAUUUAUCUCGAGGAUUGGGUCGUUUAAUUUUAAGGAAUUAGUCUAUAUAGUUAACGUUUUAACUUCUCCGAUCAUUCUUAACUGGAAUUAAUUUUUAAAUCAUUGAAAGUACAUAAAGAAAUAGUGUUACAAUAUGUUGUUGCGCGAGAGACCGCAAGUAUUUGACUUUACUUGUCUGACGAUUAUUUAAUUACGAAUGAAUUCCUAACGAAGAAAAACGAUUGAGUCAAUGCACGUGCAUAAUUUUCCCACUAUGAUAUGUGCACAUAAACGGAAAUGUAGUGAAUAUCUGUCAAGGCCCUGCUGCUUGUGCCAUGUAAACGAAUCACGGAAAAGCGAAGGACGGAUAUCCAACGUAAUCAGUGGAUCAUGUUCCACUUUUCUGUGAACCGUCUCAUACGGGAUUGCACCUUUUAAUUAUUAGAACGUAGGGUGACGGUGGAGUAAGGGAUGAGUAUCAAAUAUUUGGACGAAACGCGGUUGCGCACUGGGUGCAAAAUGUAUGUAUUCAGAUUAAUGCACUUGCUGUUGUUGCAGGUUUGCAAACUUUACACUGUUGCGGCAAUGCGCCAAUCGAGUUAUGCGUUGACUGUGUUGAAUUAUAAUGAAACACACGGAAAGAAAAAGGCUUGUAAGUUGAAAGCGAGUUUUCAAAAACUGCAUGUUUUCUGCCACAAGAUGGCGUCUUCCGAAAUGGAAAAAAAGUUAUCGCUGACAAAUCGCAUGAGCAGAAAAACCGAUUUUAACAUUGAAUCAUACCAAGUUGACCAUACUUCGGGUGCGUUCCGAAAUUAGCUCCCAGUGCUGUCAACCGCCUUUAUCUUUUAUGCGCUGCGGAGUUCGUGAGUAGCUUCUCCCUCUGUCGUAAGUAGGGAGUUUUUAGAGCUGCCAGCUAAUUUCUGAAUGCACCCUUCAUUGCACCAAUUUCGAUGGAUGUUUUCAAUGUAUUGUUUUUGUAAUCUUUUCUCGUUUUAUUAUCAACAUGAGCACAUGAAAUUGGAUUGUAAAAAGAAAACGACAGUUGGAUAAAUUUGUUUAUCUUUAUAUUUUUCAACGUUUUUGAAAAAAUAUUAUUUUAAAUUUUGAAACUAACAUCGAUUUUGCCAUUCACUUCAGAAUUAAGUUACGAAUCGUUAACUAUUUUACUACACUUUACUGAUUCCAUAUGCGUAGGGGAAUUGAGUCAAAAAUAUUCAGACAAAAGUAUGGUUUCAUCAUAUUCUAAUCAGCAUAUACAUAUAAGCUAUAUACCUAUAUAUAUCUUCACAUCCAAUUAUUAUUCACAAUGUUACACAAAUUAUUGCUUUGAAGUAUUUCAUGUGUAUAUUUUAUAUUGUUAAUACGGUUUAUUAAAAUAAUGAGCUUAUAACCAGGAAACAUCUCACAUUCUUCUUUCGUCAGUCUUUAUGGAAAUAAUACAAACAAUUCAUCAUUGUUUUACAGCAAAUUGUACAAAACAGAAAGUAAUAAAAAAUCUUGUACAUGCAUCAUAUUAUUUAACACAACAUAUCAAAAUUGUAAAGAAUUCUAUAUAAAUGGUAAAAACUUAAAUAAGUAUACGUAAACAACAUAAAAUGUACAAAAAUUGCAAGUAAAAAAAUAAACGUAAUUAUAUCAUGUAUGUACAGCGUAACAAAAUUAUGAAAGUGUAAUAUGAACGUCGAUUUUUUCAAAAAUUCAGGUAAGUAUCUGCAGAAGAUUUAGUAAUAAAAAAUUUCACGCUGAGUAUUUGUCUCGAUCGUAAAUCAUAAUACUAAUUAAAUUACGUGGCAGCAUCUUAAUCAUUUUUCAACAUACUAUUAUCUUUACUUUUUCAGUCUGUAACUAAAAUAAAAUCGUGCAUUGUGUUUACAUUUGUACAGAUUUACAGGAUACUGUUUAGAAGUCAUUGACAUCUUCGUCACUGAAAUUGUGAGAAAUGUUGGUGCUACGGUGAAUAGAUAUUAUGCCUGUUGAUGUACGUAAUCUGCAAAUAAAAAUUCAUCGUUAUAAAUUACGUACAUAGACUUACAUCCAAUUGGGAACUUGGGUGAGAUACGUAAGACUGGUUCAUCCCCAAACGGAUUCAGAGGUAAGAAA